AUGGAAAACAACAAUCUUCUUGCCGCUCAGCAGGCGCUGCUUGCAGUAAUUCGCAACUUCACUCAAUUUGUGAUAAAUACGCCAAAUGAUCAAUGGAGCCUAGGACAGGUACAGGUGCGAUUUGAAAUGCUGAACGCCUAUUGGGCAGAUUUCCAAGGCAACCAUCUCGCAUUGAUCGAGGCAGGUGCGAACGCAGCAGAUGGCUACAACGGCGACGCAAUCUACGCAGAAAUCGAGAACCUCUACAUUGAGUCGCAAUCAAAACUCUACAACCUUCGCGAUCAGCUGACUGCAACUUCGUCUAGAACCCCAGUCGCCCCAGGAGAGAUAACACUAUGCUCCCAGCACUCAAGGUCUAAUAAUAGCCGUUUAGCACCGAUGAACAUACCUACGUUUUCCGGACGCAGAGAAGACUGGGAAGCAUUCCGCGACGCAUUUUUCGCCAUUGUUCAUGAAGACGACCAACUCAGCGACGUGCAGCGAUUAUUUUACUUACGCAAUCAUGUUGAAGGAGAGGCCAAACAAGCCCUUACCAAUGAAAACUCCAGUGAUCUUCCGCAUUUAUGCGAUUCUCUCGAGCGCCAUAGAAAACAACUAGAAGCUCUAGGCCGUCCAGUCUCUCAUUGGGAUGAUUGGUUCAUUUCGAUCGCAGCCAAUCGUCUAGAUCCAGAAACACGCGGCAAGUGGCAAGAAGAACUGGAAAGAUUAGAUACAGCUACCAUUGAUCAUAGAACAAGAAUGCCGACCUACACCACACUGAUCAACUUCCUGAACAGUCGAUGUCGAACACUCAAAUCGAUGGAAGGUCCAAAAUCCACUCUAAAACCUUCGGCGAGACACCCACCAGGUCCUUCAUUCGAGCCAAGAAAAGUCGCAUACCCAGUUAAGUACCCUAACGCUCGAACGUUUGUCACUAAAGGCUCAGAAAGCUGUGGAUAUUGCCAGAGUGAUCAUUACACCGGGCACUGCGAGGGACUUCUUGCGCUGCAACCUUCAGCACGCCGUGACCUUGUGGCAAAAGCAGGAUUAUGUUUCAAUUGCCUUCGAUCAAAUCACACUGCUCGAUUCUGUCCAUCUCGACUGGCUUGCUCUGUGUGCGGAGCACUGCACCACACUUCUCUACAUGAAGAACAGAAACGAGCAGGGCCACCUGUAUCUGCGCCUAUUCCUAUCAAGCGAAGCAAAGAGAGUGGAAAUUCAACCAAUGAUCUGAAGUCAACGACUCCUCCAUCCACUAAUAUGUGA